UUCUUCUUCUCUUUCUCUGCCCGUCGUUGAGCGCAAGAAGCCAAGAACAAACCAAAAACAUAACCAAAACAAAAAAUCUGGAAGCACAUCUUCUCUCUCACCAUAUCCCUCUGUUUCUCUCUCUCUCUCUCUCUCUCUAGAAACCUCGCUUUCUGGCUUCCUUCUCCUUUGAGCCCGCAAGUUCUCAGUCCUACCCACGGUCGGAUUUGUGAUGCCAUGUUGACUUUCCUUUGAUUCGAGAAUUGAUUGGGGUUCAUGUAAAUCUAGUGGAUUCAAUUGGAUCCGCUACGUGCGUUUUUGAUUGAAUCUGUCACUUGGGGGUUUUCAAAUCUCACGGCUGUAGUCCAAAUUCUUGGUGGGUUUUUUAGUUUUUACAGAGGAAUGCCGCUCUUACCGAAAAUCGAUUCGAUUCAUAUUCGUGAGGUGUGGAACGACAAUCUGGAGGAGGAAUUUGCUUUGAUACGCAAAAUUGUCGAUGAUUAUCCGUAUGUCGCCAUGGACACCGAGUUUCCGGGCAUUGUUAUUCGUCCGGUGGGCAAUUUCAAGAACAGUUACGACUACCAUUACCAGACCUUGAAGGACAAUGUGGAUAUGCUCAAGCUGAUUCAGCUCGGCCUCACAUUUUCCGAUGAGCAAGGGAAUUUUCCCUCUUGUGGAACUGAUAAACAAUGCAUUUGGCAGUUCAAUUUCCGCGAGUUCAAUCUCAAUAAGGAUGUAUUCUCCAGUGAUUCUAUUGAGCUUCUGCGCCAAAGCGGCAUCGAUUUUAAGAAGAACAACGAAAAGGGUAUUGAUGCAAAGCGGUUUGGGGAGCUCCUAAUGUCGUCUGGGAUUGUGUUGAAUGAUAACGUGCAUUGGGUCACUUUCCAUAGCGGCUAUGAUUUUGGAUACCUGCUAAAGCUUUUGACCUGCCAGAACUCGCCCCAAACUCAAGCAGGGUUCUUUAAUUUGAUCAACAUAUACUUUCCAAAAAUAUACGAUAUCAAGCAUCUGAUGAAGUUUUGCAAUAGCCUCCAUGGCGGGUUGAACAAGCUCGCGGAACUGUUGGAAGUGGAGAGAGUUGGCAUUUGUCACCAGGCAGGUUCGGAUAGUUUGCUCACGUCCUGUACGUUCAGAAAACUGAAAGAGAGUUUCUUUAGCGGUUCGAUGGAGAAGUAUGCUGGUGUCUUGUAUGGUUUAGGUGUGGAUAAUGGACAGGAUACUUUCUGAAGAGAAAAUAACAGGAAAAAGAGAACAUGAUGAGAAAGCUGGUUUCUUUCUUAACCUUGUCUGUGUCUGAUACUGCAUCUUCAUGUACAAAUUUGGCACAACUUUGGUACUUCUCAUUGCUUGCACUUUUUUCGAUUAUUCGACUCACGGAUUGGGUUGCAUUUGCAUAUAAAAGCAUGGUUCGGAUGUUUGUUUUUUA